CUUGAAACAUAAGACGAGGAGGAAGACAGACCGGUGGAUUGACAUCAGGCAGACGGAGGUGAAAAAUGAAGACUCUGAUGGUGUUUGAUUUUGACCACACUGUGGUGGAUGACAACAGUGACACUUGGGUGAUUAGGUGUCUUCCUGGUCAGACUCUUCCUGACUCUGUGAAGAAUUCCUACAGAAAAGGCCACUGGACUGAGUUCAUGGGCAGAGUGAUGAACUACAUUGGAGACCAGGAGGUCAGCCCCGACAGGGUCCGCAGUGUGAUGGAGACCAUCCCCUUCACAGCUGGAAUGACUGAUUUGCUGACAUUCAUAUCACAGCAUAAAAGCACAAUUGACUGCAUAGUCAUCUCUGACUCCAACACCAUGUUCAUAGACUGGAUCCUCCACGCAUCUGGACUCCAGGCGGCUGUCGAUAAGGUUUUCACCAACCCGGCUAAGUUCAAUGAGCUGGGGUACAUGGAAGUACAGUGCUACCACUCCCAUGACUGCGAUCGAUGCCCCGUCAACCUCUGUAAGAAAAAAGUCCUGGAGCUGUAUCUGUCGGAGCAGUCAGAUAGAGGUGUGGAGUACAAGCAGAUAUUUUACGUGGGGGACGGUGGGAAUGAUCUCUGCCCUACUUCCUGUCUGAGAGGGCACGAUGUUGCAAUGCCCAGGAAGGGGUACACCCUGGAGAAACUGCUGGCCAAACUGAAAGGUCAGGAGGAUAACACCUCGCUUAGAGCUAAAGUCAUUGCCUGGAGCAGUGGCACUGACAUUCUUGAGGAACUGAAAGCAAGUAUGCAGUCGUAGCCAGCACCGUACUUGACUGACUUCUCAGUUGUAACUGAAAUAUUGCACUGAUGGCAAGUAUUGGGUCUGCAUCAGGCACAUGCUGCUUCCCGUAAUUGUUUGAAUUUUUAAAAAAACAUAAUCAAGACAGUAUUUUUAAUUGCAUUUAUUGAGCACAAUUUUGAUGUAAAAUUACUUUCAUGCACUUACAAACUCCUAAAAGUUGAUUCAUCUGCAGGAAAUUGUAAUAUUUGGCAACAUACACAACCCCCUCAAACAAGGCUGGAGUUGUCGUUAUCUGAGCAAAGUUAACUGGAUCUGUUGAACUGAAAUUCAGUGACGUUUACCUUAUUUGCUUUCUUGCUAGGAUUGAUAUCACUCUCAUGUCUGUACGCUAAAUAUAAAACUACAGCUCACAGCCGAUUAACUUAGCUUAGCAUUAGGCAGGGGGGAACCAGCUCGUCUUGUUCUGUUCAAAGGUAACUUUAUUUUUUCUACCAUUACCUGUAUGCUUAAUAGCAUGUCUUUUUCUUGUCUGUUUUACCCAAAUAAUAACACAUAAUGUGCUAAUUAGGAACAUUUAAACAAAAAAAAAAAAAAAAGAAGAAGACAUGUUCUGUAGCUUUUCAGGUGCUGGAAAGCAGAGGUUGUUACCUUUGGGCAGAGCCAGGCUAGCUGUUUCCCCCUGCUUUCAGCCAUUGUGCUAACCUAAGCUAAGCUAAUCGUCCCCUGUGGCCUGUUGCACCAGGCAUACGUAAGUUUUCUCUUUGGUCAGGGUGCAAAGUCCAAACUAAAUGAUAAAUGUGCCAGUUAGUUUUGUUACUAAAGCUACUACUCUGGUGUAAAGUCCAAAUUAAGCAAAAUAUUAUGGCAGAAUAGGACAUUAUCACUUCUUGGGGCCAGUCAGUGAAAAGCAUCGUUCUUAACGGGGUGUUUGUUACUGUGUUGUCACUCAUGCGCCAUCGUUUUUGACCUCUUUGCUACAUAAUAGCAAAGCAGCUAAUGCUAAAAAUAGCUAAUGAUAACAAGGUCGUCAGAAACUGAUAAUGAUUGACUACACUGGCAAACUGUUAUCAAAUGGUAGUUGUAAAUUCUAAAGUUAUCUAACUUGUAUAUUUGCUUGCCCUACACUAUAAUGUUAGUGUUUAAUGUCAGAUUUAGUCGAGCUACCAGCUUUGCUAGCUACUGUGAUGCUAUGUUGACGUUGGUGUGUGUGCUGCACAGUGUGCAGUAACUGUACCGUGCUGCACGGCGUCCUGUAACGUUACACGAGUGGUUUGUGUACUGUCACAGAGAACGUGUUUGCCGACACAAAGCAGCUGGCGUAAUUAGCUUCUCUUCAUCGUCCCAUGUUAUCCCUCCUUUCAAUACAAUGCUACAUGCCAACUGCUGUUUUACAGAGGACUUUACACCCACUAAGGGCUAGGUGUAACAUUUAAGUUGUGAUUGAUGCCUACGCUGGGACUAACGACAUUCAAACCAGGCUACGUUUGAAUUUCCACAUAGCUGGUGCGAACCACUGCUGGUUCUUCCUCCAUAUUUAUCUGACAGACAUGAUAGUAGUAUCUAUCUCCUCUUUUAAAUUCGGGCCGAGAGAGCGAAUUAGCUUGUUUCCCAAAAACUAUUCCUUUGGGUAUUAAGUUCAGCCUAUUUUCCAAGUAUCAGCGCUCAACCACGAAGUGCAAUAGAUGCUGACGUCUUCCAGCUACGCUUUAACAGCAUUGAUCCAUCCCAUCAGUGCUUCAUGACAGUUCAUGUGUCAGUCAUGCACCAGGCCACGGCAGAGCACUUCAGCUGACCUAACACUAUAAAACAUACAAAUACACUUUAUGACCUGGUUUAUUGUGUUAGUGCUUUGUUGUAGCAGGACUUUUUUCUACUGCAGACAUUUGGACUCGUCAGGGGGAAAAGCACAGGUGUUUCUAAUGACAUUAACAAAGCUUCUGUCCUGUAAAGUGGCCCAGUAAGUGAGUGUGACAGUGAGCCAGCAUGCACAGUACCAGGAGCCUGAAACCGAAGCAGCUAAAUGGAAUCCAGCCAUCAUUCACGUUGUCAUUUACACCCAUGCUUUUCCUUCUGUGACAUGACAAAACAUUUUCAAUGAAAAAGGUCUAGUUCAGCUAAAAAAAAGCAUGAUUUUUGCUCAGAGCUAUGGCAUCAUUUAUAAUGCAUAACACCUCUACAUUAACUUACCUCAGUUGCCCUAUAGGUUAAAUGAGAUUAAAGAAACUGAGCGGUAUCUCCACUGAAACAUUUUCCUAAUUUCUACAGAAUGCAAACUAUCUUGCCAAAUAAGUUAUUAAUGAUAUGUCAGAGUUGUAUAAUGUUUCUUAAUAUUUUAACUGAAUGUGUAACAUGACUUCUGAUAUGAGAAAUAGGUUCCAUUGCUUUAAACCCUUCAUUUUAAGAUCAUACAGUAGGAGAGCACACAUAACUAAGAUAAUUACUUAGCUGGAUUUUGGAUUUAUCAUGUUUUGGAUUUAUCAUGUUUUGGUUCUUGAUGCAGUUUAUCUAAUAUGUGACGCUAUGAACAUCUCAGGUCUGUUUGUAGUCAUAGUGAAGCUGCCUUGAUUGUUUAAACCAGGUUUGGAUUAACCUGAUCAUGGUAACUGGGUUUGCUCUAUUAAAUGGCAUAAAUCUCAAGUAUUUGUUUUAGCGAAAUGAACAAAAAGCUCAGGUUUUUCUCCAAUAGCCCCAGAUUUUCUGGGUUGUGUGGAUAACUUUCCUGAGGUGUUGGUCCUGAGGUCAUCCACACUUCAUACUUCACACUUCCACACUGUUUGAGAGGCUCCAGGAUUUAUUCAGUAAUGUAAUCCACGUAACCAGGAAACUGUCUUAGAUAGUAUUGGAGUAAUUCUUGGACUUGAUCCAAGUUUCUCAUUGCCAGUUUCUAUUACCCGACAGAGUAUUGUGUUUCCACCUUUAAUGUUCAUUGAAACACAUGCAUUGAGAGAUGUUUUUUGAUGUUCUCAUGAGGCAACAUGUUAUGAAAUAUUGUUUGUUUAUUUUUAGGGGUUAGCAGCCCGGAGCCCGAUUGUGUUUGUUCUCAUUCAUCUUGUAAUUCUGAUGAUAAAAUUAA